AUGGAAGAUUUAAAUAAAAUUAAUUUCAAUCCGAUCUAUCAGAACAAAUCACGAGGUAUUUCUUUACUCUUCGAAAAUUCCGGACAAAAUAGAGUGAUUCGUUUACCCAAUGCACAGAUUAUGCCAUUUCUACGUUAUUUCAACAACACUUUCAACGCACAGAGUCACAUAAGUCUAAAUUCUCAACGAUCCUACGAUUUAUUUGCUGAUGGUGAGGAUAUGUUAUCAUGGCCAUUUAUGCAAAACAAUGCAUUUUCCCCGCGAAACUUACAAAGAAUAAUCAUCUUUUGUCAAGAUGAUGCUGAAAAGAGAUUUUACAGAAAAUGGGCAAAUCGUUUUCCUCAAAUUGUUCGGAUAUUGCAUAUAAAUGAACUUGAUGAAAAUGUUCUACGACUUGGUAUUUAUCACAUUCAAAACUUGAGAUUUCACGUGUCCGAAGACAGUAUUUUAAAUCGUUAUCAACAAGAUUACCUUGCACUCUGUCGAGCUUUGGGAGAUACAUUCAAUGCACGAAUAACUAUCGCAAAUGACGAAAUUUCUACUGGGAUGGCUGCCCUAAAUAACACAUACUACGAUCCAAUCUACUCCCAAAGACGUUUAGCAAUGGCGAUGCUACUCAAUAAUGCUGAAGAGCCCGACAUUACCGCUCAUUUAUCUCAUAUACAUCUCAUGACAUUUCUACGGCAUUUUCCUAAUCCGGAUCUUGCAAGACAAGAAAUGAGUAAUUCUCCUCAAACGAGUUUUAGAUUAUAUAUAUCUCCAAACUAUAUGUUACAAUGCUCUUUUGCUGAUCACAAUACAAUUUCACCUGCAAAUCUCAACAGAAUCGUUAUGUUUUAUUCAGAUCUCGUUGGUGAACAUUCUGCUUCACGAUGGAGAAUACGUUUUCCGCAAAUUAUUAGGCCAUGGUCGAAAAACAUUCUCGAACUACAUAUUUUACUGAAAGGAUGUCGACUUAUUGAAGAAUUGUGUCCCGAAGUCGAGGAAAAUGCUAUUCAGAAUCGCAUGGAAGACGAUCGUACACGCAUUUUUGAAGCUCUAAAUAUGGCAUCUGGUGCUUUAAUCGAAAAUGCCAAUGCGCAAAUUGCAAUGGGUGUUCAACCCGACGAAGUCAAUUAA